AAGCGGUAGCAACAAAAUAUUAAUUAUUCCACCAGCAGCUCUCUGGUUUUUGUUUUGUUUGCUGAAUUUUAAGUGAGAGUAGAGACGUUUUUGCUGUAGAUAAUCUCAAAUUGUCUUCCACCUACUGAAUUAUCCUGCCAUGGAUGAUGACGAUGUCCCUCCAUUGGAGGACAUGACGGAGUUACUUCAGAAGGCAAAGCAGAUGAUGAGCUCCGAAGAAUCCUCUUUAUCCUCCCAGUCCAUCCCGGUCAAGGCAGCCUCUCCCAACGGUCACCAUGGCAACGCAUCUCUGUCAACCUCCAGCAGGGAGGCGUCGGAGAGCUUGAAACCUAUGAAAGAGACUUCUCCUAAGGAGACAACAAAACUAGUCGCACCAUCGGGUGGUUUCGGUGGAAUGAAGAAAGGGUUUCUCUUCGGUGGACCAAGCAACAAAACAGUCACAUCUUCUGGAAAGUCAAAAGCAAGUUCAGUGAAGUCUGCGCAGAAGUCAAGAGUAGUAGAAGAAAUGCCAGUGAUCCGCCCAAAGGAAGGGUCCGGCGACAGUAAAGAUCGAUAUCGGAUGGAUGAAGUUCAAGAAGCAUUGAAGGCAACUGCUCCACUUCUUCAGAAUAAAGAGUGGAUAACCGAUGACCUCUUGACCAAAUUGGAGAAACACCCAAACAUGGCCAAGAAGUUAACGGACCCUCGCUACGCUCAAGCAGUUGAGAAGUUUCAAUCGAACCCUCAGCAAGCCAUGCUGGAGUACAAGGACAACGAAGACGUCCAACAGUUCUUCAAGGAUUUCUGCGGCUUGCUUGGUGAACAUUUUUCGUCCAUGGGUGGAGGAGCCGCCCAGCCGACCCCAACCCCUCCUGUCAACCCAAACAUCAGAACGCAAGACGCCUCGUCCAAAGCAGACAUCGCUGUCAGGAGUAGCACUAAUCCCAACCAAGCCACAGCUGCCGAUGAAGCCAAGAUGCAACAGAUCUUAUCUAAUGCGGAGAUUAGAGAGAUCAUGGUGGAUCAGAGGAUACAGAGAUUAAUGGAAGCGUUGAGGAGUAACCCAGAUGAGGGACAGAGGAUUCUACAGUCUGCAGGCCCAGAUAUGCGAAGCAAGGUCCACAAAUUGGUCGAAGCUGGACUUCUUGGGUUCGCCUCCUGAAGAAUUCUGAACUCUCAGUAGAGUUGAGAGUGGUGACCUUUGCCUUGCUGGCAGUUUGCGACUUGAAAGCCAUGAUUAUUGGCCUAACUCUCAGUCGAGUGGACAGUGGUAUAAGGUGAGAUUUAAGCAAUGGUCCACGGACGAGGUAAAAAGCUUGGAAAGAAACCACUAAGCCAACCUUAUUACCCCGAAAUAAUUAUUAUUAAGGGGUUUGGCUCUACAGCUGAUACGCCUGUUGCUGUUAAUAUUUUUAUAGAAUAUCAUUAUUGUAUAUUUCUGGUGAUGUCACAAAAGAUGCCUUAUAAGUGAAUUAUAAUCACUGUAGCUGGUUCUGCAAAAUGCCCUGCAGAAUAGAAUGUUCCCUGAUUCUGCAGAUCGUUCCCUGAUUCUGCACAAUGUUUCUCGAUUCUACAGAACGUUCCUUAAUGCUGCAGAAUGUUCUGCAGAAUGUCUUUGAUUCAGCGUAAGUUUCUAAAUAAUGUUCCUUGAUUCUACAGAAUGUUCUUUGAUUCUGCCGAAUGUUUCUUGAUUUUGCAGAACGUUCCCUAAUUCUGCCGAAUAUUCACUGACUCUGCAGAAUUGUCUGCAGAAUGUUCCGAAAAUCUGCAUAGUCGUGAAACAUUCUGCAGAAUAUUCCUGUUCUUUUUUUCCUAGUAUAACUAAUGCUAUUCUAAAGACCCCCCAUGUUUGGGAAAUUUGAUAAAUACACAUGGCGAUAUAAUAGACUUGUGCAUUAAUGCGCAAGGCCUUGUGCAUUUUACAGCAAAAUUUCAUACUAAAGAAGGCCUUGUGCAUUUAACAGCAAAAUUUGAUAAAAUAUACAAGACUAAUUCUGCUCUAAAAUGCACAAGACCAUAGUAGCCUUGUCAACUUUUUUAGCGAAAAGUUCACAACGUUAUAGCCUUGUGAACUUUUCACUUGAAAAAGUAUGAACUUGUCAGCUUUCGCUCAAAAAAGUUCAAAUUCGAGCGAAAAAGUUCACAAGGCUAUAAAGCCUUUUGUACUUUUUCGAGGGAAAAGCUCACAAGGCUGGCCUUGUACACAUUUUCACGCAAAAUUUGACAAGUUCACGAGGCUAUAGCCUUGUACACUUUUCAAAUGAAAAGUUCACUUGGGCACUUUUUGCAGCGAAAAGUAUACAAGCCUUGUGUACUUUUUAUAUUGUGUUUCAUACGAUUUUGUUAAUAGCUGAACUGAUGCUGUUUCAUAGUGUCUCUCGAACAACAACUGUACACCUAAGAUGGGCCCAAUUUAAAGGCUCUGCUUACCGUAAGCACAGAAUCAGAGCUUACGGAAGCAGGUAAUUCUGUGCUUACAGAAAGCAUAUUUCACCGGUUAGCUGCGAAUUCUGGCUUUUGAAAUUCUUGUGAUGAUUAAAACCUCACUUAAAGGCAGUGGACACUUUUGGUAAUUAGUCAAAAUAAAUAUUAGCAUAAAACCUUUCUUGGU